AUGACUAAAGUAUCAGUUACAAAUAGAUCCAACAAUAAAAAACCUCCAUUCACCGAGCAAAAGAUUUUAGAUAUUAUAUCGAAUAUAGAUACCAAGUCACCAAAUGAAUUGAUUACAAAAUUAUCAGAAAAUUUAGGCAAUUUGACUUCAAAGUAUAAACUUAUAAUACAAUACACAAAUAUAUCUGGAAACAAAGACACAGCAGAUUUAAAUAUUAAUACUGGUUUUACCGCCAAUUGGGACUCCUCAAAGGAUGGAUGUUUUACUGUGCUGAUUAAUUUGAACGACCCAAAUGUUGAAAAAGGAGAAGAGCAAGGUACGAAUUCUGAGCAAGAACCUGACAUUAAUAAUGAGAAUCAUCAUAAAAAAGUUGAUAGUCUACUUGUGACUAUAUAUUGGAUUAGCGAGUAA